AUGGUAUUGAAAUCUCGCUCUUUAAUGUAUUGUCCUGUUCCAAAAGUAGCAACAAAAACUCUUCUUACUGUUAUGCUUUAUAUGCAUGUUAAUGAUAUAAUUGAUAAUCUCGAGCAUAAUUGGACAAAUAUUGAUGCUGGUAGAGCUCAAGUGGAAAAAAGAAUUAAUAUUGGUUCUUACAUACAUGAACUUCGACAGUAUCGAGUAGAUGAUUAUAUUAAUCGACCUACAUUAUUAGAAAAUUGUAAUCAGUUGAAAACACUCUAA